UUUAUUUACAAAUAACAAUGUAUUUGUGUCAAUUUUUUAAUUAAUUGGAAAGUUUUUGUUGCAAGACAAUGUGUGGAAACAAACCAAUGAGUUAAAUGACAGUAAACGGUAGUUGGCCUUUUCACUUCACACUGACACUUGUUCAUUUGUAGAAGAAAAAUGUCAGAUGAGAGUUUUCAAAGCUUAUUAUCUGAUGUAUUCAACCUAAUUUUGGUCGAUAUUGACAGAGUUGUAGACGAUACUAGUUUAGAGAAACUUCUGGAAUUACUGGAUUUUAAAUACGAUGAUUCAAGUGCGUCUUCUCAAUUUGUUAAAACUCAGAUUUUCAAUUUUCUCUCCGGAGUCAUUUCUGCAGAGCAAAGCCAAGGGGAAAUGUGUAUUGGAACCAUUAGUUUUGCUGUACGUUUAUUUGGAAUUGUUUAUAGAAAGAAGGUAGAAUCCAGUACACUUUCUAAUUGUGAUGGCUCUGGUGGGAAUUUUUACCAUCUGCCAGAAGAGUUUAUAAAGAAUGAAAGAAUUUGGAGCGAUCCCGGUGUCAGGGAUUCAUAUUUUAAAGCAGCAAGUGACUUAUUAAUGAAUGAUGAUGGAUUUCUAUGGAUAAAGAAUUCAUGUUUGGUAAAAUAUGGCUUGGAAAGUUUGGUUGAUACCAGUAUAUUUGUUGCAGAGUCAUGCAGAAAGUUCAUUGCUAAGUAUUUGAUCCGACUGUUUACUUUGAAGGCUUCAUUAAAGGAAAACGAUGAUCACCAUGAAUGUUCGGAGACCAGACGAGACAUUUAUUCAAGAGAAUUGAAUGGAUGUCACAAGUGCUUUGUUGGUCAUUUAGCAUACAUCAUAGAUAAGCAGCCAUCAGGGUUGGCUAGGAAAAUGAUAUGGCAAUGUUCAGUCGUGCAAUUGUUGCUCUCAUUAAUGGAAGAGAAUUCUAUUGUAGCCCAAGAAAUUAUUUCUCUUUCACAAAUCAUGUCUUCUUGUUUUAAAUUAUUGAAUAAGGUUAACAAAGAAGACUGUGGAUUGGUUGUUGAUGUCAUAUUUACAAUGUUGAAGAACACAAGCUCUUGGAAUAUAGAGUGGACAUUCAUUUUAAAUAUAAAAGACAAGCAAGAACUAAUCUGCAUUAUGGUGAAAUCAAUACUUGUUUUGUACAAAAGACUUUAUAUGUUUCAUGCAUUUCAACUCAUCCAAGGCAUGCUUCAUGCUACUCAGACUUUAGAAAUUGACGAGCUUGAUGCUUCAUGUUUGCUGAGGCUUCUCAUCUAUCCUAUGCAUAAAAUACUGCACGAUGCUCAACAAAGCAAAAACGAAAAUUCAUCGUAUGAUUCUCAGUUUACUGUUAAACAGUUAAUAAAGUCCAUUUCACGUGAUGAAUUCUAUGGACGUUUGAAGCAAAUGCUUCAUGGAACUUCAAAAUAAUUUCUUUCAAGUAGAACAGUGGCAUAUUCAUUGACUGCCACUACUGAAUUGAUUUCUGAUGUAAAGUUCCCCAAUGAUUCGAGGACGAUAGAAGAUAUUAAAGUUCUGUGUAAAGAAAUUAUAACAUAUUUAAUCCAACAAUCUGAUGAUUACUUUCAUGGAAAUUAUUUAAUGAAAUACUUCGUGAAGUUUGCAGUCGUUUGUCUUGAGCAGGAUUUAAGUGAUGAAAAGGUCAGUGCCACUGAAGUAAAUGAAUACUACAAACUUUUUGAAAAACUUUUAUCAUUAUCUUUGGAAACUAAGAUACUCAAUUGCUGUUUUCAAGGUCUUCAGUGUUUAUUUUCCACGUCUACAACCAAUUUUCCAACCAAUGUUAACAUGAAAUGGUUGAACAGUCUUCUUACCAAAAACUUAUGUAGUGCUUGUUGGGAUAUUAGAGAUUCAACACUUGGUUUUAUCAAACAUCUUCUUCGUUGUCAGUAUGAUUUUUUGGAUUCGUUGUUUGAUUCAAAACUACUGUCCUUUCUAUGGAAAUUAGUGGAUGACAACGAAAGUUACGUCAGAGCGACUUGUAUUUCUGCUAUCGGCUUUCUCGCAAUGCACGAUCGUAUAUGGAAGCAUUUCCAAGAAAUUCUUACAUUAACUGAGGAAGAGGUGCUAAAUUGUAUUUUGAUGCAAUUCAAAGAUGAAGAGUCGGCAUUUGCUCGACGUGCCACAGUGGAAACAUUGUGUUUUUGGUUGGAAAGAAAACACAACAUCAUAUUGCUGCAUUUGGAACUGGUUAAAUCUUUUCGUCUUACACCAAUUUCUGAAGUGCUUGAAAUGGCGUCACAAGAUUUUGACUGGGAAGUCAAAGUACUUGUCCUUGAUUUUUGGAAGAUUAUGUUACAAGAUAUUAAAUGGAAAGUUGUACCCUUGGAAAAUAUUGAAAGUAAUUUCAUUAAUGAAGUCGGCAAAUACAUAUUGUCAGCAAUAAUCGAUUGUGACGCACCUGUUAGAGCUAAAGGUUUUGAACUUCUCAAUGUUAUAAAGACAAGAACAAAUGAAAUUGCUCGACAACCUACUUUGCUUUAUAAGAGUUCUAUAGAUGAAUUGUACAAUUUCAUUAUCAAAGCUCAAAAAGACUGUAAUAAGUCCCUUUUAAAGACACUAUUAACGGUAAAUUUUUCAGAUUAUAUCGAACAUUACCAAACUGUAACGACUUUUUUGCAAGAUCCAAUACCGUUUUUACGAGACAUAUUGACAGCAGCGUCAGAAAAUGAAGACAAUUUGUUAGAUUGUUAUUAACAACGAAAAUAUUGAAGAAAAUGCAAUUGAUGACAAAUGAUCUUCGCAUAUUUUGUUCAAUAUAUUUAUUGUUUAGGCUUAGUGAAUGGAAGUUUCAAUAGUAUACAAAAAAGUCAUGGUAAAUAUAUUUCUAAUGCGACAUGUCUAUUGAUAGAAGUGCAAA